GUGCGCUUCUGGGAACUGGAUUUGGGAAAGAGGGUUAUCUGCAGCUGAUAAGGGCCAUAUUUAAAGGGAUGGGUUAGGAUGGGACUGGUUCACUUCACACAGCUGCAGGGAGCGGGAACACAGCGCGCGCGGACGAUUGGAUGAAUCAUGCUUCUGCUCACCGUAUACGUUGUCAAUGCGUUUUUUGCUGCUGGAGUUGUUUGCAUGCCUCUAUCGGAACAGGGGCCCCACAUCGACCACGGCUGGGACCAGGUGGUCCGGCUCAGGCACCUGUACGCCGCCAGGCCGGGACUUCACCUUCUGAUCAGUGGGGAUGGACAGAUCCACGGCUCCGCGGUCCAGACUCGAACUGCAGGUUUGCUGGAGAUCCGUCCUGUGGACCCGGGCUGUGUUGCCAUCAGAGGAGUAGCAACCGCACGGUUUCUCUGCAUAGAAGGAGACGGAUCUCUGUACUCAUCGCACACUUACAGCAGAGAUGACUGCAGCUUCAGAGAGCAGAUCUUACCAGACGGGUACAACAUCUACAUCUCUGACAGACACGGAGCCCUGCUCAGUCUGGGAAACCAGCGGCAACGGCUGCAGGGUCGAGACCGAGGUGUCCCAGCUUUGGCUCAGUUCCUCCCCAGGAUCAGCACCCUGGAUCGGACCUCAUCCUCUGGACUAGACAUCCCUGACCAGCCGAGGCAGAGUGCGGCACAAACAGAAGAACCUGUGGAAACGAUGGACUCCUUUGGAAAGCUGUCUCAGAUCAUCCACAGUCCCAGCUUUCACAAGAGAUGAGGCAGCAGCUCUCAGACACCUGUAAACAGAUGUGUCCUGGGGUGUUCUGCUUCAUUUACGACCCAGCACGCCUCCCUGCAUGCUGCAGCACCAGGGACUGACUGCCUGUCCAGCCUGCACCAGGAAAGGCUGCUGUGAAA